CUCUCCUAUAUAACUCCCCCAUCUCUUCCUCUUCAUUUGUCUCACCAACACGUACAGAAACAACCUUAAAGAAAAAUGAGUUGUUUGAGUCAAUGGCCGGAGCCGAUUGUCCGAGUUCAGUGUCUGUCGGAAAGCGGCAUUAAGACGAUCCCGCAAAGGUACGUCAAACGGGUGCCGGAUAAGCCGUCUUUUCCGGCGGCGGACGACGGGGUGAACAUUCCGUUGAUCGAUUUUAAGGACCUGGAUUCGUCCGACGUGUCGGUUCGCGAUGGGGUUGUUGAGAGGAUUUCGGAGGCUUGUCGUGAGUGGGGGUUCUUCCAGGUGGUGGGUCACGGCGUGGACGAGGGGUUGAUGGCGGGCAUGCAGGCGGCGUGGCGAGAAUUCUUCCGUUUGCCGUUGGAGGAGAAGCAGGAGUACGCCAACUCCCCGGCCACCUACGAGGGAUACGGCAGCCGCCUCGGGGUGGAGAAGGGCGCCAAGUUGGACUGGAACGAUUACUUUUUUCUCCAUUUUCUGCCCAACUCGCUCAUGGAUCCUUGCAAGUGGCCGCAUCUUCCUGUUUCAUGCCGGGAAUUGAUUGCAAAAUACUGUGAAGAGGUGGCGAAUCUGGGAGAGAAGCUGACAAGGAUAUUGUCAGUGAACUUGGGACUGAAAGAGGAUAGGAUUCAUGAAGCUUUCGGUGGGUAUGAAGAGAGAGGGGCAUGCUUAAGGGUUAAUUUUUAUCCAAAAUGCCCUCAACCAGACCUUGCGCUGGGUCUCUCUCCCCAUUCUGACCCUGGUGGAUUGACAUUUCUCCUUGCUGAUGCUGACGUGGCUGGCCUCCAAGUCUUCCACGAUCACAAGUGGAUAACAGUUAAGCCACUCCCAAAUGCAUUCAUUGUCAACCUGGGUGAUCAAAUACAGGUGAUGACUAAUGGAAUAUAUAAGAGCGUUGAGCAUAGAGUGAUGGUGAACUCAGAGAAGGAAAGGUUAUCAAUGGCUUUGUUCUACAACCCAGGUGGAGAUGUUGUGGUGAAGCCUCUAGAAGAAGUUGUUAGCAAGGACAAACCUGCAAUGUAUCCUGCAAUGACAUUUAAUCAGUACAGGGCUUUCAUCAGAAUGAAAGGUCCUCAAGGAAAAUCCCAAGUGGAGUCGCUAAUAAAAUUUAAAUCUUAGCUCCAAUAAUCAAUCAUGUUUUAUGUAUUGUCGAAGGUUCACGUACAAUUUGCAAAAGUAGUUGCAUGUGUUGCUCUAAUAAAACAUUCAAUUAUUGAUGAAAUAAAUGGUUGUGGUCAAUCCUCAGUUUUUACCAGA